UUCUCUUUGGUAUGUUCAUUAGGCGCGCGCGAGAGAGCCCAGAGCGUUAAAAAUCAUAUAAAAGUCAGCUGUUAACCAACGUUUCAAACAUUAUCAGUUAUGCGAUGUGAAGAUUAAGUAUUCCUUAGACAUAUGGUGUAAAUACAUAUUAUACAAGUGGCCUAUUAGGAAUCUAAGACCUUACUUUAAUCUCAACUAGACUGCUGGUGUGCUCUAAAUAUCUGUUUCUGUAAUACAUUAUCAAUUUUCAAUGUUUCGCGUCUUUCUUAGUAGCAAUUGGUUAAUUUACGUUACUUGGGUUUCAAGGUCUCAACUCUUAAAGGCAUAACUAAAUAACGCAAAGGACAUGGUGUACAGUUAUCUGCCAUGAGGAAAGUGGUGUUAUUCAAGAGCGCUUCGGAGGAGUACAGCAAAGCGUUCAGCGAGCAUGACUACGAGUCGAUAUUCGUGGAACCUCUGCAUUUCGAGAUCGUAAACGCGCAACAACUAAGCACACAGCUGCUGCGGCGCGACUACGACGGCCUCGUCCUUACUAGUCCGCGCGCCGUCGAGGCACUGGCCCAGUGCUGGGACCCCACUAAGUUCGCAAUAUGGAGUACAAGAAGGGUAUACACCAUCGGAGAAGCCUGCUGCAAAAAGAUAAAACUCCAGCUUGGACUAGAUGCACUGGGGAUGACUGCAGGUAACAGUGAGAACCUGGGUAAAAUGAUCAUUGCUGAGAAUUCUGCUACAUCAAAAUUGUUAUUCCCAAGUGGCAACUUGAGCUUGGAAACAUUGCCCACCAUGUUACAAGCCAAAGGCAUGAUUGUAGACACCUUAACAGUGUAUGAAACGAAAGAAAAUGAGCAUUUGAGAGCAGACUUGAUGGAGCUUAACAGUAGUGAGAAAAAUCCUUGCUGCAUGGUGUUCUUUAGCCCAUCCGGCUGUGAAUACAUCCAUCGGCAGCUACAAACAUUCAGCAACAAACUAUACCACCUACCACACUUUGCUAUCGGCAACACCACAGCACACAAGAUAGAGAAUCUGGGAAUGGAGGUGGCUGGGGUGGCAACCCGCCCAAAGGCUGACAGCCUUGUAGAAUCUGUGGAAACAUUCUUCUCUGGGAAAGCUACUAUUUAAAUCAAAUAGAAUAAAAUCAUUUAUUACAUCUGACUGAUAUCUUAAUAUUACAAUGUAAAAUACAAUGAUAAGGAGUAAUAUGCUUUUGAACAAAAUUGAGAGACAAAUAAUUUUAAUACAAAAUAAUAACAAAAUUAAAAUCAUCAUUCAAAUCAUGAAACAUGUUUCAUUGCGAAUUCAGUAGGCUGGACAGAUUUAAAGAUUUUCCACU